AUGUGCUGUUCUUGUGAUAUAGACUUGUUAGUAGAAGGGAAUGGGCUGCGAACCUGUAGAAUUAAUUCUCACGGAUUUGAUGCCGAGCUUGCAGGGUAUUUAAUGCCGCUCAUCUCUGUAUCUCCCUAACCACUCAUUUCUUUCUGCUCUGCUCCCCAUUAAUCAAACAAAUCUAUAUAAUGGACAGGAAGUGGGUUUCAAGGAUUAUACUCCGCCAUUCCUGGCUCCAACCACCGUUGGCCCACUGGUCCUUCAGGGUGUUAAUUAUGCAUCUGGUGGUGGAGGGAUUCUAAAUCACACCGGAAAGAUCUUUGUUGGCAGGAUCAAUUUGGAUGCACAACUCGACAACUUUGCUAAUACUAGGCAGGAUAUAAUAUCUGGAAUCGGUUUUCCUGCAGCACAGAAUCUGUUGAAUCGAGCUCUCUUUUCAGUGACGAUAGGUUCAAAUGAUUUUAUAAACAACUACCUCACACCCAUUGUUUCGACAAUUGAGCAAAAACUAAUAACUCCAGAAGCAUUCGUGGGAACCAUGAUUGCAAGAUUCAGACUCCAACUUACGAGACUGUAUGAUAUGGGUGCUAGAAAGAUCGUCAUCCCUAAUGUGGGACCUAUCGGAUGCAUUCCGUAUCAGAGGGAUACAACUCCAUCUGCAGGAGACGACUGUGUACCUCUGCCGAAUCACCUAGCCCAACUCUUCAAUUCCCAAUUGAAAGCUUUACUCCAAGACCUUACCAUCUCACUCCAAGGUUCAACAUUCGUUUUUGCAGAUGUGUAUCAUAUUGUUGCUGAUAUCAUUCAGAAUUAUGAAUCAUAUGGUUUUGACAAUGCGGAUUCUGCGUGUUGUUACGUGACUGGCGGACACGGUGGUUUAGUGCCAUGUGGACCGACAUCUAAAGUGUGCCCCGAUAGAUCAAAGUACGUUUUUUGGGACCCGUAUCAUCCUUCGGAUGCCACCAACGCCAUCAUAGCCAAGCGACUUAUGGAUGGAGGCAUUGAAGAUAUUUCCCCAUUAAACAUAAGAGCCCUUUUAGAAUCUUGAAGAAAAGUCAGGUGUAGAAUUGUAUCGGUUAUGUAUCAGCGUUCUAACAAAAAUACUCGUAUGUAUUAAAAACCCUAUUUUCGACACAUCAUUUCCUCGAAACUUUUAU